AUGGCAACCCCGAAUGAGCGAAUUGUGCAAAGUGAAAUGGACAAAGCAUCCCCAAGUCCAUCAAGCAAUUCCGCAUUGGCGUUCGCCCAAAACUAUCGCAAUAACAACCAGUGGGCACAUCUCAUGCUACCGGCCAUACGAUCGUACUGUGCGACCACACAAAUCCCACAUUUGGGUAACCGAGACAAACUCGUUGCAGCGCUCCAAGCGCGAGGCGUACAGCCAAUCAAUGUGCUCCAAAACACAGCACCCGGACCAGGAGCCAGCCCUUCUGCCGCCAAACUUACCGCCAACAUCACCAAAUCGCUGCUCCGACGCAGGGCGGAUUUUCUGAAACAAGCACAGGGAGAGGACUUUGAAGUCUACCUGCGCCAACUGGAAAUCGCAUUCAGUCAUGACGGUAUGUCCAAUAACACAAAAAUUGACUGCCUGAUCGGGCACACGACGCCUACAGUCACGGCGGCAGCCCAACGCCUCUACGACGAGGGAUAUCACAAUUACAAUGACAUUGCCGACUGGCUCAAGAUACAGUUUGGACUAUUGCCCUUCAAACAUUUCACACGAUUCCUAGCCCUACGGCCCCUCGAAGAUGAAUCAUGGGCACAAUUCGGCAAUUGCCUACGGUGCGAGUACAUCCGAUACUUACCACUCAGCGCAACCGACCUACCCAGUCAAGAAAGAUCCAUCACCGCCGCCCUCAUCGGUCAACUACUGGCAAUCACCACCGGAGGGCUCCACGCCCACCUAUACUCCAAGGCGACUGCCGAUCGAACCCUCACAUGGGUCAAUUGUCUUGCAUAUGGGGACAAAUACCGCUGCAUGCACCCCAACACUCCACGUGCAUCGCUGGCCCCGCAGAACACUCAACAAGGCAACCGCCGACCAAAAACCACGGCGUCCAGAGUCGCCUUGUCGCACACUCGACAGCAGAUUGCCAAAACAACCUGGCCAACCAGGUCACACGGUGACCAAUUGCCCAAACCAGGGAAACGCCAAGAUUGGGCAGUGAAGGCUGUCCUCUGCUCGAUCUCCCAAGAUACAGACGACAGCCUAACAAUCAUCAUCGGCAUCAAGGACAAACGCGUCACAGCACUGAUUGACACUGGAGCCACCAGGUCAUUCAUGGUGACCAACGUCGCAGCCAAAGUAGGGCUCACACCCCAUCCGACGAAGGCAAAGAUCUCCGCAGCCGUCUUACACAUCUCUGCCAACAUCAGCCACUUGCAUACGUUCGUACACCGGCCAGGCAAAACCCUCACAGGGCCAGACGCCCUCAGCCGAAUCCAGCUCAACAGCAUACAACUCCGCAACGUACCUGAUCCUGGGCAACGCGCCAACAUCAUUGACCAAUAUCAUGUGGAAAUGGGCCACACCAACUGGAAAAAGACCUUCGAUACAAUACGAAAAAGGUUCACCUGGCCCGGCAUGCGCACUGACAUAUUUCAUCACGUCAUACAAUGCGCUAAAUGCUUCACAUUCAACUCGGCAACCGCUGCAGUGGGUACCAAACUCAUACCUGUUCCGCCAGCAAACAAACACGACCGACUCGGAGUCGACUUCUGGGGCCCAUUCCCCCCAUCAACAAACGGCAACCGAUACGCAAUAGUCGCUAUCAACUACUACUCACGCAGAGUGGUCACCACACCUGUCAAACGCGCAACGGCGAAUGCCCUAUGCAGCUUCCUAGCGGACGUUAUCGCCCAACUGGGCACAUUCGAAAUAAUCCAUUCAGAUGGAGCAGCGGUCUUCAACUCAGCGCCGUACAAAAGGUUUAUCACCGCAAAUCAAAUUGAGUCAUACAUUGCCCAGCCAUACCACCCUAAAGGCAACGGCGCCUGUGAGCAAGCAAUCAAAUCCCUGUCGGCUAUCAUAGCAAAGACAGCACCAACCCCAACCACUUGGGAUGACAUCUUACUCGACGCAGCGAUUGCAUACAACCGAACGCCACACACCACCACAGGGCUACCGCCCAUAGAACUCUGGCACAAAAAGCCAAUACCCACCCCAGCAGACAUCAGAUUCAAACUACCGCCAAGGGACAUAUCCCCUGAACUCAAAAGAGUCAAAGUAACUAACCAAAGAUACCGCAAACGGUACAUUCAGCAGGCCAAUAGACAUCGCAAAACCGAAUUUAAACUCAGCCAAAUGGAUACUGAAGAAACUGAUCGGCCUCAAAUUUGCCUGGACCCAGGGACACUCGACGCUACGAAUGAAUCCUACAAUGAAGCCCAUCCCACGACGAGCUCCCCCAAAGUGCAUCAGGCAUGCAGCGAGACGCCCAACCAGGCCCCAGCUAUGCCAGACCGCUCUCUGCCACGCACUCCCACGGUGACGUCACCCGUAUCGAGGGUCAACAUUCCGCCAUUUGACAGCCUUCCCCAGGAACCGACACUGCCGCCUCAACCGGAUCUAACAACCGCCAAAAAGUCCGCCGAUUCCCCAGCUCCAGUAGCUCCAAAUCGUCAGUGGAGGAACCGCCAGCGGACAUCAAGCCCCGCCGCCGGACACUGGCACAACCGCUCGACGGCACAGGACCCAUCACGGACAACGAAUACUAGCAACGACAACCUCACCUCAACAGGAUCUCAGGACGCCCAAGGAUCUCGACCGAAACGCCGCCGCCGACGGCCCUCGCGAUACCUCGAUAAUCCGAUGAUGCCGAAAUCGCGGCGGGAAAGUGUUGUGCAAGCAACAUGCGGCUCACGCCUCGGGUUUUACAAACGGGAUUUAAGGCCGAGGUUAUUCGACAUGGGCCCCGUCGCGUUUGCGCCAGUGUCGAGCGCAAGAACGACGUCAGGCCUGUCGGCAACGCAACCCUCCAGAUCGUCGUCAGUAUUCGCGCGGAGUCCAGGUUGUCGAUUCCGAUCGCAUUCCUGCCCAACCUUCAUUGAAUUCUUUGUCGAGACCGGGGAAAAAAAACACCUAGCGGAAGUGGAUAGUGCGCAACCCGCAGGGGUCACCGACAAAACGCCUUCGUCGCGGAAAUUGUGGAGCGUCCGCGUCCAGUCCACUGAUGAAUAUUUGGUUUCCACGCACUGGAACCCCGUGCAGAAGCACCUGUGGAGCAAACAAAGUUAG